AUGAGCUGGGUCUUGAAAUUAAGAUUGCUGAAACCACAUAGUAUUUUUAAUUUAAACAACACAACUACAGAUUUAUCAGUGAAGUAUUAUGCAAGAUAUAACAUCAAUAAUAAAUACAGUACUUACAGGACUAACAGGAGUAUUUUUUGUAAAUUUAAUGACUCAAUAAUCGGAGCAAGUAUGUAUGUAAAUAAUGUAAACAAAAGGCUAUUUUUCGUGUCUCGUUUUCUGGAGAAGGGUAAAGAAAAAGGAGACAAGAAAAAAAAAGUCGAAAAAGCUCAGCACAUUGAUUUAUUAGAAGCGCGACAGGUGAUGGAUGUUGACAAGUACACAUCACAACUGGAUUACGCGCUAGAGGAAUUAAAGAAUAGUUAUAUCAAGCACUUGACUUUAAGAUCUUCUGUUGGAGCUAUCGAACAAGUUACUGUUCACUUUGAAGGCGAGGACUACAUGCUGCAAGACCUUACGCAGAUUGUUCAUAAGCCUAAGACAGUUGUUGUCAAUGUCACAUCUUUUCCUCAGGCUAUUCCUCAGAUUUUGGAGGCUCUCAGUAAAAGCGGUUUGAAUUUAAAUCCUCAGCAAGAUGGCACGACUUUAUUUAUACCGAUUCCAAAAGUUACCAAAGAAUAUCGAGAGGGUAUGGCAAAAAACGCGAAAGCGCUAUUCGUAAAAUGCCGGGACAAUAUCAAGGAUGUGAGAAACCGAGAAUUUAAGAACCUCAAAAAAGCUCCCUCGAUUAACGAAGACCAAAUGAGAAGGGUUCAAAGUCAACUGGAGGCACUUUGUGAUAAAUAUAUCAAGCAAGCAGAAGGUAUUCUUGAUACAAAACAAAAAGAACUUUUAAAAACUUCAGAUUAA